AUGUUGGGUGUGGACCUAAGGACAGGGAGAGGGGAAGGUGGUGGAAAUGCGGGGGGUGGAGGUGUGGUGGAACACUCCAAGAGUGACUCCCACCUGUGUGUGGGAAAGGACUACUUGCGAAAGAGUCACAGUGACCCCACUCCUGAUUCUCCCAGCAUCCACCGACAUCAAAAGCGCCAUAGUGUCACCUCCAAGUGCAUCCUCAAGUUCGACGAUUAUUCCUACGUUAUCGAGCAGGGAUCCCUGAAGAUCCUCCGACGAUCCAGUUCUCGUAGCCGGGCCAUGGAGAGACAGAUGCAUGUCCAAGAGGAACCCGCUACCCCUCACCCUCAGGGACACGGUCGCGAGGACCAUGCCAAAAAGGAAGACAACUCGGUUCGGUCACCCGAGUCCUGUAACAAAGCCGCCAUCAGGCUUCGAGAGGCGAUGAAGGACCUGAAGGAGGGAAUGGGAUCCGAGAUGAAGGAUCCUGGGACCGUGAUGGAACACCUUCAAUACGCUGUCCACGUCCUCGAGGAACUCUACAAACAAGAACAGAGGAAACUACUCCGUUCCGAUCCGGAUGAGGAACAAGAACGGGGCAAGGACGUCGUCAAACGUGGAAAUGAACCUUGGUAUACGCAUUGUUGUAGGAGGACGCUGGAGGAUGAGGAUGAGUUGUCCGAGGUGGAGCCUGCGUUGGUGCCACCAGAAGUCCGGGCGUGGCUCGCAUCCACGUUCACGAAGGGAAGCAGGGAAGGAACGCGGCGGAGACCGGACGAGAAACCGCGGUUCCGGUCCGUUGCCAAUGCCAUCCGGGCUGGCAUUUUCGUCGAGAGGAUCUCUCGACGACCCUCUGCCGCCCAUUACCUUCACUACCCUCCCGGGGUCACCAUCUUGUUUAAGCACUUGGACGAAUGGAACUUCGAUGUGUUCGCCUUGCACGAAGCCUCCGGUGGAGCCCCGCUCAAGUUCCUCGGAUAUGAACUCCUCAAUCGAUACGGCCUCCUUCACAAGUUCAAGAUCCCGUCGAGCGUCCUGGUUAACUUUUUGACUCACAUGGAGUCUGGUUACCUGAAGCACGGGAACCCGUACCACAACAACAUCCACGCCACGGAUGUGACCCAGACCGUCCAUUACGCUCUUUACUCCGCCGGCCUCAUGAACUGGAUGUCGGAUUUGGAGGUGUUUGCGUCCCUCUUGGCUGCCAUCUCGCACGAUUACGAGCACACGGGGACGACGAACAAUUUUCACGUCAAUUCUGGCUCGUCCGUCGCCCUUCUCUACAACGAUCGGGCCGUCCUCGAGAACCACCACGCCUCUGCCAUGUUCAGGUUGCUGAAGGAAGAGGAGUGCAACGUCCUUCGAAGUCUGACUAAGGAGGAGUAUCGAGAGUUCCGGUCCCUGGCGAUCGACAUGAUCCUCGCCACAGACAUGUCCUCGCACUUCCAACAGGUGAAGAGCAUGAAGGGGAUGCUGAGUGGUCCCGGCCCAGAGACGAGGGUGGACAAAGGGAAGGCAUUGUGCUUGGUUCUCCACUGCUCGGAUAUCUCCCACCCUGGGAAGCGCUGGAGGCUCCAUCAUCCCUGGACCAUGAGGCUCAUGGAAGAAUUUUUCCGGCAGGGGGACAUGGAAUCCCUCCUAGGCCUCCCUUAUUCCCCGCUCUGUGACCGGAAUAAUACACACGUCGCGGAUGCCCAGAUCAGUUUCAUCGACUUCAUCGUAGAACCCAGCUUCCUCGUCUUGGGCGACAUGUUGGAGAAGCUCGUCCCGUCCAACACAAAACACAUCGCCGAGGAACAAUCCGGUUCGUCUUCGUCGAAGAAAACUUGGCCGUGGCAUCUGGAGAUGGCGAAAAAUCGACAGCUUUGGUCAGAGGAAGCUGCCAAAGUGGGGAAGGAAGGAGAGGGAACUGGUGGGAUCACCCUGGUGGCCAUCUUUGGCGGAGUCUUCAUCCUCCAAGGGGACAUCCUCGUCGCCGGCAUUAAAGUGUCGCACGUGGGUGGGAUCCCCCUCCUCUUGCUCCCUCUUGCCCUACGCUCCCUUCUCACCCGGAAACAACAAGGUCGGGAAGGGGAGGAGCGAUCGGAGCAGGAUGAGACGCCGUGGAGACUCUCACCAUCUUUUGCUGCCUCAGUCCAUCACUCCCCAGGGGACUCGAUUUGA